AUGGCUCGCCGUCCCGCUCGUUGCUACCGUUACUGCAAGAACAAGCCCUACCCCAAGAGCAGGUUCAACCGCGGUGUCCCUGAUGCCAAGAUCCGCAUCUUCGACCUCGGUCGCAAGAAGGCCAGCGUAGACGACUUCCCUCUCUGCGUCCACCUCGUCUCCAACGAGUACGAGCAGCUGUCUUCCGAGGCUCUCGAGGCCGCCCGUAUCUGCGCCAACAAGUACCUCGUCAAGAUUGCCGGAAAGGAAGGCUUCCAUCUCCGUGUCCGCGUCCACCCUUACCACGUCGUCCGUAUCAACAAGAUGUUGUCGUGCGCUGGUGCCGAUAGGCUGCAGACCGGUAUGCGUGGUGCUUUCGGAAAGCCCAACGGUCUCGUUGCCCGUGUCAACAUCGGUCAGAUUCUCAUGUCCGUCCGAACCCGUGACUCUCACCGCGCCACUGCCCUCGAGGCUCUGAGGCGUUGCCAGUACAAGUUCCCCGGUCGCCAGAAGAUCAUUGUCUCCAAGAACUGGGGUUUCACUCCCCUCAAGCGUGACGAGUACGUUGAGAAGCGCAAGGAGGGCAAGAUCAGGAUCGACGGUGCUUACGUCCAGUUCCUCCGCAACAAGGGUGACCUCGCGUACAACAUCCGCCGCUUCCCCGAGGCUUUCGAGCAGGAGGCUUAA